AUGGAAGCCCCUACCAUUCUCCACCGUAUUCCAGACUACAAAGCUGCUUUUGGCAGGCCCAUCGUCAGUCCAGGAUCUGCUUCCGCUCCAGCAUGGAUGGAAGACCGUCAGGCCGACUUCAACAUCUGGGCGGCUAGCUUCAACAUAAGAAGCAGCAGUGAAUCGUCACUGGAUCAUCGCGUGAGAGAUAAAAAUAAUGCGAGUAAAAAAUUGGUUAGUGCUCUGCUCAAAAUCUUCGUUGCCAUGCUGAAUCUCAAACUGGUGUAUCAAGGGUUUAUCGAGGUUGAGAAUCAAGAAGUCUCAGUACGCAAGCCGAAUUAUCCAGAUAUCCGAGAGGACAGCGGAUCAGAAGCUUCGGAUUCAGAGGUGACUACGUCUAGUGAACCGGCUGAAGAUGACAGCUUAGAGACUCUUUAUGAGGAACAGAAAUGUUACAUUCAUAAGAUUCUUAAACUACUCCAAAGAGAUUCUAUAGCAACUCGAAAAUGA